UGUACUUCCGGUGGUGAAAGGUCCUGGCUUCUGCAGAAAGGAGGUAGAAUCGCCGAGAAGCUCAAUUCAGACGAAAUCGUGUGUGCUAAGGUGUUUGGAAAAAAUAUGUCUCACACAAUUCUGCUGGUUCAGCCGACCAAGAGGCCUGAAGGCAGGACGUACGCUGAUUACGAGUCUGUAAACGAGUGCUUGGAAGGAGUGUGCAAAAUGUACGAGGAGCAUCUGAAGAGGAUGAAUCCCAACAGUCCAUCCAUCACCUAUGACAUCAGCCAGCUGUUUGACUUCAUCGAUGAACUUGCUGAUCUUAGCUGUCUUGUGUUCCGUGCGGACACUCAGACGUAUCAGCCUUACAACAAGGACUGGAUCAAGGAGAAGAUCUACGUGCUACUGCGUCGCCAGGCUCAGCAGGCAGCCAAAUAGUGUGGAUGGGCAUGGGUGUCUUACCGGGGGUGGGAGGUUGGGGUCAGGCAGCAGGGAGGGGGGCAGUGGAGACCAUUUUUGUAUAAUAGUAGAUGAGAUCUUGCUGAAACUUGGGAUUUGUUUUUUUUUUUAAGAUGGAUGGGUAGGGGAAUGCUGCUGUUUGUUUUUGCUAUUUAAAAAUAUAUUUUCACCCUCCUUUUUUCUUCAACUGCAACCUAAAACAAGAACGACUGAAAAGUUUCUGCUAGGAGAUUGAAUUGCGAUCUCUUUUUCUUUUUCCGUGUAGGUUUUCACCAGAUGGCGCCUAUUAGAAAUGCAGGUUCAGGGAUUCCUUUGCAAGUCCUAAUGUAAUGUGUGCAGACAGCAAAGCCUUUAUCAUAAUCUUCAUGGUUCUGAAAGGAGGUAACGGUUUAUCAGAGUGAUGCCUGGGCUUAGUUGUACUGAGACGUUUUAGUAAUCCUUGUUAAAGAGCAAAUAGCUGUUUACCAGUGUUGUUAAGAUAAUUGGUCAGUAGGAUUUCAGAAUUGCAAAAGUUGCUCAAAAUGCAUUCUAUUUGUUUCUUACUGAUGGGCAAUCAUACCUUUCCUGUUUUUACUUGUACCAGUUUCGUAAAGUUACUGUGCUGGCAUGGUAACUAGAGAGGACCACCCUCAUGCUGAUUGAUUUCCACAGUAUUGUGCACUUGGGAGAAGUCUCUGUCGUGUUGUUUCUUUGGGAUAUGAGUUUGAAGUUGUAUUGGUCCCCAAGUAGAAGGUGCCUGGGAACCUAUCUGGAUUAACAGUUAAAUCAUUAGGACAGGGUCGGGGGAGUCCUAGAAAUGACCUUAUAAUUCACAACUUUUAAAGAAAUGGCUAGGACAUAAAUCACAGGAUAAGAGAUGACUAGAGAGCAACUCUGUUUUACAGCUACAGGCUAUUUGUUCUGGUCAUUGGAGGAAAAGGUUCAAGGCUUCAAAAAACACAUUCUGAAAAGGUUAUCUGGUCAGGCUUGUAAGAACGAGAGGUGAAGUGAAAGGUCAGUUCAAGACUUGUUUUUAACUGUAAUAAAACUCAGUACAUGGUGGCGGUAGGUCACUGUCCUAAAGUUAACAUAAUUAGAGCAGACAACUAACACUAAAAUCUGCAUUUAACCCGCUUAAUUUAGAUAUGCAUAAACAUUCAAAAUUGUGCCCUUGGUCAUUUUAUAAAAUGACAGUGUGGUACAGAUGACAUCUUGUGAAAUUUGCUGACAUUUGAGCCCUGCCAAAAGUGUGAAUUGAAGGAUAAGUAUCUAUUUGGCUGUGCUCCCUGUGGAGCAUUUUUCUGCUUAUUUCGAUUGUCAGGUUUAAGAACGUGGAAGAGGAUUUUAUAGUGUAUUGUUCCAUAUUCAUUUGCGCCAUUUGCUGAAGACCCUUCACAGAAAGUUUUUCAAAUCACUUUGGAGGUUCAUCUUUUGUUUAACCUUACUCUUGUAAACAUUUGUCUCCUUGUCACCCAGUAGACCUUGUCAGCACCCAUUAAAAUGUUUCUUUUGUGUUUGACAAAAUAAAUACCUCUUUAUCUGUUAA